GUCGGCGUGGAUGUCGUGCUCUGCCAUCUCCAGGCAGCGUCAUUGCUGUGCUGACCGAUUCGCCUGGAAGUAACUUGGUUACACUUCCCUUUCUGAUUGUAUUAAUAAUUAAUGCGCCCAAGCUUGAACAAAAGACGAGAAAAAAGCAAAAAGUGAGUCAUUACGAUUGGGUGCCGGCUGUCGGCAUCGUGGAGGUGGGGUGGUGGCUUGUAGUCAUAGGGCGCAUCUGAUAAUAUUCAUGCUUGGUAUUCAGGAAAAAACUUGGAUGUCAACUAUUCCUUAAUAAUAGUAUGACUCAGGCCAGGCGGCAGCGUUGACACUAUGUUCAGCUAUAUUAUAUGGUCUUCGCGCCUGACUCCCUCAUGCCUCCCGAUGCAUUCUCUACGCGAUUGACUGUCCGCAAUUGACUGUCGCUGCCACCAUGAAUAGAACAGUGAACAGGUCCAUCGAGGCCUUCACGCGUAAGCCCUCGCGGCUGAACAUUGCCAUUGACCUAAACGAUCAGACUAAAGGCUUCGUGCCCUCGUACACCACGUUCGACCGCAUCGAGGGCGAGGUCGCGUUGCAGGCCGACUGCCAGACCAAAUUCGACCACAUCGACAUCAUUUUCGAAGGAUCAUCCAAAACAAUCGUCCAGCGUCAAGCCACAAUGGCCCCUGCAUCCAACGACAUCAAGGCAAUGCAUCCAUUCCUCAAACUGCGACAGCCCAUCGACGAAUCCUCUUACCCAGAGCCUCGCGAAUUCAAGCCCAGAUGCCUGUACAAGUUCCCCUUCACAUUUGUCGUGCCCCAGCAAAUGCUACCUCAAAGCUGUAGCCACUCGACCAACAACCCGCACUUGAAGGCGGCCCACAUACAGCUGCCUCCCAGCCUGGGCGAUCCCAUGUUGGCGAGUAAUGGCAAGACCCUGCUCGACGAUUUUGCGCCUCAAAUGACUGAGGUCUCAUAUCGAAUUCGAGUUGUAGUGAUGAAGCGUGAUCCCUCGGGUGGGAAACCGCAGACUCUGUGUUCUGUAGCGAAGAAGAUUCGUAUUGUACCGGCCAGUCUGGAGCAGCCGCCGCUCGAAGUCACCUGCAAUUGCACGGAUGACUACCGUACUCGCAUGGAAAAGGACGUGCGGAAGAGCUUGCUGGGGAAAAAGACUGGUCGUCUGGUCAUGGCCGCUGCCCAGCCAAAGCCCCUGCAGCUGCCGCCACCGGGGGAGAAGCAGGACUGUUCUAUUAGCAGUCACGUUACCGUGCAUUUGCGAUUCGAUCCAGAGAAUGACGAGCAGCCACCGCAAUUGAGAUCAGUGUGGAGCAAGUUGAGGGUAAUGACCUUCUAUUCAGCACAUCCUUGGACUACCUUCCCUUCCAAGACCGUCACCAUGUUCUGGAAUUCCAUGCAAGGCAUGUACUCGGAAAAUGUCCAACUCUCUUCGCUGUGUGUGCUAUCUGCGCAAUGGGAGCAGCAUACAGGUGUAUCUGCAGAUACAGAACGUCGAAGCUCAGUCGAAUCAAGUGCUUCAAGCCAGACCAUCACAGGCCCAUCGGCCUCGUAUUCAGGGAAAACAUUCUACACUGCCUCCAUCAUUGUCCCAAUCAAUUUACCCAAAAAUAAGGCAUUUGUGCCAACUUUUCACUCAUGCUUGAUAUCGCGCGUUUAUCUGCUUGAUCUGUCUUUAUCGUAUCAAUCACCAAACACUCGAGUCAUCGCAUCGAGCAUUUCUCUCAAGGUACCAGUCCAGAUUACCUCUGUAUACCGCAACAAUAUUGCCCCAGUCGAUGCAUCAGCCGAUCCAGAGCUUUCCCAGAUGCGGAUCGAAGAGGAAUUCUAUCGGCCGCGAAGCAUUGCGCCUCCAAGUCUAGAAUAUCUAGAGCAGGCAUCUCUACGCAGCGGGACGUCGCGGCGAGAAUCAUCGCUGUCGGAAUUGAUGGGUGAUACACAGGGGCUGGACGAAACCAGCCCGCCUGACUAUUUGACAGUGACGCAGUCGACGCAAGGUUAAGGAUCACGGAGUUCUGAAGAUUGAAUACCCAUUAAAUUCGGAGGUUUCAGGCAAAAGAUAUUAAAUUUAAUUCUUAAUAAUUGAUGUUAUACUAGACGAGAUUAUAUCCAAAUAUUAAACAAAGUCGGUUGUGCAAUUUUUUUGAAUAAA